AUGCUUGUUCUACUAGCUGUAUUGUUGCCCUGUGUCUUCGCCCAGACCAAUGAUACCAUUAUAGAUGCUUUGAAAGCCAGCUCGCGAGAACAGACACUAGUCGCCCUAAUCCAACAGGCGGGACUCACAGAUGUCCUCGCCACUGGAGGGCCAUUUACAUUAUUCGCUCCUGAUGACCUUGCCUUCUCCAAGCUCCCGUCGGCGACCCUCACAAUGCUGAAGAACGAUACCAAUGCAUUGGCAGAAAUCCUCAAGUAUCACGUGGUCAGUGGCACGUACAAAAUGGAUGAUUUGAAGGUUAAUGAAAUGAUGUUGGAGACACUGACUGGAGAUCAACUUAGAGUCAACGACUAUAUGUACAAACGUAGAAUCACGAUAGAGGGUGCCACAAUCACGUAUGCUGAUAAGAUCGUCAGUAAUGGAGUUAUACAUCGCGUAAGUCAAGUGCUUAUGCCACCAAAAGGAUCUGUUGUCGAUGUACUACAAGCCGAUGGAAGUUUCAACACACUCAUUGCUGCUGCUCAAGCCGCUGGUUUAGUCGACGCCCUCGCAGAUGGACCCAUCACUGUUAUGGCGCCUGACGACAAUGCUUUUGCAAGUCUUGGAAAUGAAACCGUUUCUAAACUUCUAGCUAAUCCAGAUAUUUUAGCAGAUGUUUUGAAGUACCAUGUGAUCCACGGUUCUCUGUACUCCGCGGGUAUGCACUCCGAGUAUCUUAACACCCUGGAACAAGACGAUCGUGAGAGGCUGUAUGCCUCAUUCACAGGAUACUCCUUGUCGGUUGACGGUGCCCGCGUCACUGAUAGAGACAUGAGUGCUACUAACGGAGUCGUCCACAAGAUAAAUCACGUCUUGGUCCCCAGCAGCCUCAAGGCUAAAAUAGCUGCCCUCUAA